GGACCUGUCUGUGUGAAUGAAGGUGAAGUAUAACUGUAAAUACCCUAGGUAUUCCCACGAGACUGGACUGUGCACAUGUCUUUCAAUGAGGAAAAAAGGUUGAAAACUACUGGACUUAAAAAACAACAGUACAAUCAUAGAAUCAGAAUACUAGGCAGCCAUUUAAAAAUGUUAUAUGAUCCCAUUUUCAUCUAAAACAAAGAAGGAAGGAAAGGAAGGAAUAAAGAAAGAACAAGGUAAUGAGUGGCAAAGCCAGCGUUCAAACUCAGUAAGUCCUGCCCUAGAGUCUAUGCUCAUAGCCAAUAUGCUUAUUUCACAGUAAGAUUAGAGGUUUUUAUCUUCUUUUUGCUCCUCUAAAUUUUCUGUAAUUAACAGAUACUACUCUAUAAUCAGAAACCUAAAAGACUAUGAUAACGUGGAGUGCUAGUUUACAAGUGUACACCAUUGCACUUAAGAUGAAAACCAGAAGCCUGCUCUGUAAUUACAACGGGUGAGGGCGGGUGGCAAAGCAGUUCAAGCCCAGAAGUCACGCCCUCAGGCGGAAGCGGAAAAAACGCACCAGCCCCUCAGCUUCCCGCCCAAUUCCGGUCCCGCCCCCCGGCUUCAGGAGCUACCCUGUGGCGGGGGUGGGGGAGGGCUUUUUCUCGUCGACAUGGCGGUUUCUCUGAACUGCUUGCUGGGCGGGGGUGUCCGUGCCGCGGUCGUUCGCUGUGGGUUUGCUACCCGGGGCGUGGCGAUCCCGGGAUCUGUCGGCCGUGAGCCGGACCCCGAUUCCGACUGGGAGCCGGAGGAGCGGGAGCUGCAGGAGGUGGAGAGCGCCCUGAAACGACAGAGAAAAGCUAUCCGGUUCCAGAAAAUUCGGAAGCAAAUGGAGGCGCCAGGUUCCCCGCCCAGGACCCUGACGUGGGAAGCCAUGGAGCAGAUCCGGUAUUUACACAGGGAAUUUGCAGAGUCCUGGUCAGUUCCCAGAUUGGCUGAAGGCUUUGAUGUCAGCACUGAUGUGAUCCGAAGGGUUUUAAAAAGCAAGUUUGUGCCCACAUUGGAGCAGAAACUGAAGCAGGAUCAAAAAGUCCUUAAGAAAAUUGGGCUUGCCCGCUCACUCCAGCAGCUCCCAGGCUCUGGGGAUACCUCAGCACCGCUUUCUGCAAGUCAUUCUGUAUCAGGCUCUUUGCCGAUGCCAGGGGAUGAAGCCUCAUCCAAAGGCCAUGGUCACAGCACAGCUUUGAAAGUGACAGAAUUGAACACUCACAGAACAAAUACACCAAGGAGACAGAAGGAAAGGAAUAAAGGAAUCCAGGGCCUGGAGGAGGAGAAGAGCUUUGUGCCUGUUGCUGCAGCCCCAGGUCAUCCGAGAGAGCUGCAGAAGUUCACCAGUGACUGUGGAGGCACCAGAGGAACUGACAGUGAUGGAUUGCCAAGUGACAAGAAGCUGGCAGAGUUGAAGGCAGGGGAGCCAGGUGACCAGAACUUUAGCAACAAAGUCGUGCAGAGGGGACGAGAGUUCUUUGACAGCAAUGGGAACUUCCUGUACAGAAUUUGAGCUGGAGCCUGGCUUGUGGAAAUGCCACAUGAAACACAGCUGGGCAAGUAUAUUUGGUUCUGCCUGGAUUUCUGUGUGUGGAUUAACCACCUUGGAAUGGAGGGUAGUGAUGAGCCUGGAAUGUGGGAUGAAAGAGCUUCUUGGAUUUGAACCUGACAAAGGGCAGAGAACCUCACAGGGUAGUUCUGUGUGGGAGCAGGCUGAGUGACUGGGUAGAUUCCAGCCUCCUGGAGCACUGCUCCUCCUGUGACCCACGUGGAUCUUCAGGACUCAGCCUUCUUGCUUGGGCUCUCUGUAUGUUGAAACCAGCCUGUAUUGCAUGUGUUGUUACAAGUUUCUGUGAUACUUCCAGUAUGUUUGGGAGGAAAUUAAAAGUUUGUCUUCUCACCUCAUUUACUUCUUGAUUAAUGAAUACUAACAGUUCUGGAACUGCUUAGUCAGUUAUCUUCAUUAUGUGCAAAAUAAAGUAAAAUGUAGCAGUC